GCCCGCGCCCAAAGUCAUAAAUACCCACCUCCUCCGAACCAAUCUUUGUCCACUACUCCCAAGUUCCAAGAAUCCUCCUCGCUUUCCCCGACGCACACAAAGCUAGGACCAUGGCGCCAGCCGGAGGACGCACUACCCAUCUCCUCCUGCUCGCCCUCCUCCUGUCCUUCGUCCUCGCCUCCUCCGCGGACGGGAGCUACCCGGAGCACCCCAGCCCGGGCGCCGGGGGAUUCUUCAGUGGCAUACCGUGGUUCCGCGGCGGACAGCCGAGUGGCGCCCGAGGUGCCGGAGGCAUGGGCGCCGGGUUCGGUGGCGGGUGGGGCGCCGGCGGCGUCGGGCCAGGGGGCGGGUUCGCGCGGCGCGGGGUGGUGCAGCCGUCGGUGGUCUGCGCCGAGCAGGGUCCCUGCUACCAGCAGCGGCUCACAUGCCCGUCCAAGUGCUUCAGCUCGUACAGCUACCAUGGGAAAAAUGGCGGGGGAGGUGGUGGCGGCGGUGGGUGCAGCUUCGACUGCACCAGCUGCGAGGCCCACUGCUGAUCCAACCAACCAACCUACCUACGGCGGGGGAGAUGGGUGACUGGAGAUGGAUCGCUGCACUCACACACACAUCCAGGACGAGACUGCCAUGAACUGAUAAAUUAAGGCCACUAGUUGUACGUGUGUGUAUCUAUGAAUAAAAAUGGAUGUAAUAAACUGAGCGACGGUUUUGAGGAUUUGAGCGUGCAUAUGGUGUUGACCAUGUUAUAACUGUUUGUGAUGAA